AAAAGCAAAACCCAAGAAAAAAUGGGAGAUGGAGAGAGAGAUAGUAUCUUCAAUUUAUCAUGAACCAUUGGUUGGGUUCUGAUCCCUUUUUAAUCGAAUCUAACAUCUUUCUCCCUGUUGAUUCAACAAAAGGGGAGAGAGAAAAUACCCCAUCUGUUGUUGUGUUCUCUAUCUACUCUUCUUUAUUCCAAAAUAGAAGAAGAAACAGAGAAAAUACUAACAUAGUAUAAAGCAGAGGAGAGAGAGAGAGAGAGAAAGAGUGAGUGAUAGAGAGAGAUGGGCAUUUUGUAUGAAGAUGUGGUAUUGAUAAAAGAAGCUGAGAAGGCAGGUGAUCACACUGUUAUUACUGUGAACUGUCCAGACAAAACUGGACUGGGAUGUGAUUUGUGUAGGAUUAUUUUGCUGUUUGGCCUGAGCAUUGCUAGAGGAGAUGUUUCAACAGAUGGUAAAUGGUGUUACUUAGUUUUUUGGGUAGUUGGAAAGCCAACAACAAGGUGGAACUUGUUGAAGAAGAGACUAUUGGAAGUGUGUCCAACAUGUUUGCCAGCAGCUUCGAGAAUUUACUAUUACAGACCUGAAUUUCAGCAGCGCAAGCCAUCGGAUGUAUUCCUAUUGAAAUUCUGGUGUUGUCAUGAUCAGAAAGGCCUCUUACAUGUUGUGACCGAGGUACUUUGUGAGCUAGAGCUUACGAUAAAGAGAGUUAAGGUAUCCACAACACCGGAUGGGAGAGUGAUGGAUCUCUUCUUUGUCACAGACACCAGAGAACUUCUUCACACUGAGAAGAGACAAGCGGAAACAAUUGAUCAUCUGAAGGCUGUAUUAGGGGAUGCCAUGAUGAGUUGUGAGAUUGAACCGGUUGGUCCAGAAAUUGCUGCAUGUUCACCGGGGUCCUCAUUUCUUCCUUCCGCGAUUAAAGAAGAAAUGUUCAGUUUAGAGCUACCUAGCGAACGCCCAAAUGAGUCUCUUGCCUCCAACAUAUCAGUUACAAUGGAUAACUCCCUCAGCCGCUCACACACUCUUAUUCAAAUCCUCUGUCGAGAUCACAAAGGUCUCAUAUAUGACAUCAUGAGAACCUUAAAGGAUUACAACAUUCAGGUUUCUUAUGGGCGAUUCUUCGCUAACCCAAGUGGAAACUUUGAGGUGGACUUGUUCAUAAUGCAAGUGGAUGGGAAGAAAGUAGUUGACCCUGACAAGCAGAACGCGUUGUGCUCUCGUUUGAGAAUGGAGCUCAUCCGUCCCCUUAGAAUUGAUAUGGUGAGCCGGGGCCCUGACACUGAGCUGCUAGUGGCUAAUCCUGUUGAGUUAUCUGGCAGAGGUCGCCCACUCGUUUUUUAUGAUAUCACCCUUGCUCUCAAGCUCCUAAACACUCAAAUUUUUUCGGUGGAGAUUGGGCGACAUAGAAUUCACGAUCGGGAGUGGGAGGUGUACAGGAUAUUACUUGAUGAAGCAGAUGGCUGCUCUCUGCCCAGAAAGGAGAUCAAAGAGUGUGUCAGAAAGAAAUUGAUGGGUUGGGAUUAAGUUGGAUAUGAGCAUUCUGCUAGGAGUUUAGUCCAUUACUGUACAGCUGCUACAGCAAAAAAAAAAUCUUCUUUUUUUCCCGCCCUUUUUAGCUCAAAUGUAGAUAGUCUAGCGCAGUUUAGUAAAUGGUAAGCUUUAAUUUCACCAUGUUGUAGGUGGCAUGGCAAAUGUAAUUUACAAGUGUUCCACUGUUUCAUUAUCAUCUGUUUAUUUAUUUAUUUAUUUUGGUCUUGAUAUGUC